AUGGCUGAAAGUCAGAGACCGUCAUCGACGGUGACCGCGAAUCCGAGCCGUGGAGAUCCUACUGCUGGAGGGACGAGCGAGUCGGAACACCAGCAAAACCAGUUAGAGGUUGUCUUCUACCCUGAUUCUAUCCACCGCCGCAAAUCGUCGCUCGUCACCAUGGAGAAGCCGCGUGUGAGGCCACAUCUUGACCAGUACGACAAAACGACGGCCUGCUAUGUGCAUUCGCUCAUUGCCGGCGAAUGGGCCGCACCGACGAUCCAAACCCACGAAGACGAGACCCAAUCCGUGAUUCGAACGCUGAGUGACGAGGAGUCGAACGUGGAUUCCAAAUCUCAUGGCGAAGACGACGUCGUCUCGGUGAUUGAUAGUGAUAACAAAGUGCUGAAGCCCGUGCCGACUAUCGUCCAGUCGAGGCACCUGACCAAGCGACAACUGUCCGAUAUGGCUUGGAAUGUUCGCAAGCUGUCGAAAAAGCUGGGCAGCAUCAAGCUGAAAUUGACCGUCAAGAAUGUCUUCAUAGUCAGCAAAGCGCACGACGAUUCACUGGUGAGCUUGACGAGAAAGGUUACUAAAUGGCUACUCUCCAAAGAUCGCGAUGCGCCGUACAAUGUCUACGUCGAGCGCCGUCUUGAGACGCACCCCGACUUUGGCGCUUUGCAACUUAUCCAAGAAGAACCGACGGCCAAAAAUCGCUUGAUUUACUGGGACUCCAAGCUUGCGCAGGAGCAACCGCAUCUGUUCGACUUUGUCGUCACACUCGGUGGAGACGGCACGGUUCUCUACACUAGCUGGCUCUUCCAGCGCAUUGUCCCUCCCGUUCUCUCUUUCUCCCUGGGCUCCUUGGGCUUCAUGACAAAAUUCGACUUUGGCGACUAUCAAAAGAUUUUGGAAAGCUCGUUCAGGGAAGGCGUUGUCGUGAGCCUUAGAUUGCGAUUUGAAUGCACCAUCAUGAGGUCCAAGGCGCGUCUGAGGAAUACGGAUACCAAAUCACUCGCCAGCCGAGAUCUGGUGGAAGAAAUCAUUGGAGAGGAAGGGGAGGAUACGUUGACUCAUACCCCAGACAGAGUUUAUGAGAUUUUGAACGACGUGGUUCUGGAUCGUGGGCCGAAUCCAACCAUGUCUCAAAUCGAGCUGUUUGGUGAUGACGAGCAUUUCACAACUCUGCUUGCAGAUGGAAUCUGCGUUGCUACCCCGACAGGUUCGACGGCGUACAAUCUUGCGGCUGGCGGCUCACUUUCACAUCCCGAAAACCCCGUCAUUCUAGUGACCGCCAUAUGUGCGCACACGCUAUCAUUCCGUCCCAUCAUUCUGCCAGACACCAUUGUCCUUCGUAUGGGUGUUCCUUAUGACGCUCGUACUAGUUCAUGGGCCAGCUUCGACGGGAGGGAAAGGGUUGAACUGCACCCCGGUGACUAUGUUACCGUGUCGGCUUCGAGAUACCCAUUUGCCAAUGUACUGCCUCAGAAUAGGCGUGGCGAAGACUGGGUGCACAGUAUCUCCAAGACGUUGAAUUGGAACUCACGAACCAAACAGAAAGCCUACAAAUAA